AUGCUCUCCGAGCUCGAGCAACGGGUUCUGGAGGCGGAGGGCAGAGCGGAGGAAGCCGAAGACAAGGUCCGCGCCAUGGAGCAACGGCUAUGCGAAUGGCCGGCGGGCGCUGAGGGUGCUCCCAAAGCCAUCUCCAGGCUCGAGGGCCAGAUAGAAGAACAGAAGCAGCUACGUCUCCAAGACGCGAAACAAGUCGAGGCAAAAGCAGCUCGCAUAAAGGAGUGGGUCACAAAUAAACUAAAAGAACUAGAACAACAAAAUCAAUUAUUAAGAGAACAGAACGACAGAUGCAACCAACAACUUGAACUGUUGAGGAAUCAUAUAGCCACACAGGGGAGCAGGAACUGUACUCAGUUUUUACCUUCUCGAGGGAGUUUAUCACUAGAAGUGAGAUCAGAGGAAACAACUAGAGCCUCAAGUUUGUUAGCGGCGAAUCGACGUCGCUCUGAAAGUCUUGAAGGGCCGCAGUUACCGCUAACAACAUCUGAGCCUCACUACAGUACCCCAGUGAGGCAUAGAAGAAACUUGUCAAUUGGUACAACGAACCUGACUCAAGCGAAUGUAUCUCAAAUUGGCACAAUGAAUAGGACUAUGGAUGAACGAACCACAGCGAGCCUCUUGGCUGAUGAUUUAGCAGCUGCAGUAGAAAAUUUAGUAGUACUACCAACAACUCCAAAUACCUCCACAGACGGUGAUACAACACAUGAUUAUGCUGAAAUCUACACUCCUAGUCGAGAACGAACUCCAGCCUGGCAAGGUAACGUAAACGUAGUGAUACAAGGACAUAGUCGAGGCGGUUCUUCGACAGGAGACAGUUCCACGUCAGAACAGCCCCGACCUCCGACACCUCCAUUACACAGGUUCCCCAGCUGGGAGGCUAAGAUAUACCAAGUGGCCGAUGAUGGACUUCAACAGUCUGUGGAAGAGGAGCUGAGCCCUCCGCCUUGCCCAAGACCGAUGCACGAAUCGACUAGUUAUCAAGAUAUCUCAGUUCCAGUAUAUGCUACUGUCAAAGGGCGGGCCAGCCAAAUCAGGUCGAUGCCAUUCACCGGAGACUCUUCGGACGAUUCUUCAGACGGGGAGGAGUCUAUGGGGGUCACUGUUCACAACACUCCUAUGCACAAUCCUGUCUUUGGUCAGCCGUCACAUCUUCCAAUCAACAACGUGAACCUAACCAGCAUACUCCCCGCCGCCAUUCAACAAACAUCCGGUCACGCGCUGGUCCUCAACAACACUAAUGGGCAGUGCAGUUCUUCAGAUACCAGCCUCAGUGCCAGCAGUCCUUCAAAGAGUGUGAAGACCAGCUCCAGUUUGAGUCCGGCUAAGCGAUCUAGCAGUGGGUCUCCUAGUAAACAGAGCAAAACCAGAGAUACCUCAUUUGAGUCUGGGAUGUCCGACGACUACGCAAUCCCGCCAGACGCGAUGUCUAGCGAGCCCAGUGUGAGGGAUUCCCCGCGGAGACAUGACGCUCUGGAAAAGAGCGGCCAUCUUGCCAAAUUGGGCGGGAAAUUGAAGACUUGGAAAAAGAGAUGGUUUGUUCUCAAAAACGGUACGCUAUCGUACUGGAAGUCACAAUCAGAAGUAAAUAGGAAACCUCAAGGCCAGAUAGGUCUAGGCGAGGCCUGCAAGAUCUCGAGAAAUGAGGGUGCGGCCACCUUCGAGAUAUUCACCGGCAGUCGAACUUACUACCUCACGGCGGAUAGCAUCGCCACCAUGGAAGACUGGAUUAGAGUGCUGCAGAACGUACAAAGACGAAACGCAACAAAGCUGCUCCUCAGCAAAGAAGACAACAAGCCAACCAUUCAAGGGUGGCUCACGAAAGUCAAGAAUGGCCAUGCCAAGAAGAGCUGGUGCGUCCUACUUGGCAAGAUGUUCCUGUACUUUAAAUCCCCUAGUGAUCAGAACCCAACGGGACAAAUAAACAUGCGCGACGCUCGCGUGGAAGACGUUGAACACGUUUCAGACUCUGACUCCGAGGAGAAGAACGAUGACGCGAGAAAACAUCUCACUGUUGCUAUAUAUCCGCAGCAUCAGGGACCAACAUACUUGCUGUUUGAGUGCAAAGCGGACAAAGACUCUUGGUUGUAUCAUUUGACAGUCGUCAGCGGUGGUGGUGGUACCCAAGGAACCCACUUCGAACGGCUCGUACAGAAACUUAUGGAAACCGAUGGAGAUCCCAAUUGUGUCCUAUGGCGGCAUCCAACGCUACUCUAUUCCAAGGAAAAUAUCACCUCGCCGUUAACUACCCUCAAUUCCGAAGCGUUACAAGCUGAGGCGUUGAAAUUAUUUAAGUGCGUCCAAUUGUUCAUGUCUGUGGCGGUAGAGCAGGCGGGUAUAGAUUACCACGUGGUUCUGGCCCAAAACGCCCUGCAGCAAUGCCUCGAGGUGUCCGAGCUGCAAGACGAGCUCGUCUCCGCCCUGUGCAAGCAGUCCGCCCCCCACGCGCCCCCCAAACACGCCGUACAGGUACCGAGAAAACUCACCACAGCCAAGCUUAAGACACAACUGCUGCUGUGCGCGACCCAGUCGCUGUUCACUUGCGACACGGGCGCUUCGUCUGUCGGCGGCGACAAGGGAGACAUGCCGCAACACCCGGCUGGCUCGCCUAGUUCCGUGCAGGCGCCUUUAUUAUCUGUGGACUGCAAGAGCAAUCCUCCGACGUAUAGCUUUAUACAAGGCUGGCAACUCCUAGCGCUUGCCGUGAGUCUAUUUGUGCCUAGGAACAAUAGACUGCUCUGGUACCUCAAAUUGCAUCUUAGCAGGCAUUCGGAUUCUAAAUCGGAAUGCGGGAAAUACGCAGCGUAUUGCGCCCGCGCACUUGAGCGUACGAUACGCGUUGGCGGACGCACGGACAAGCCGUCGCGUAUGGAAGUGCUCUCGAUAUUACUCAAGAACCCGUACCACCAUAGCUUACCUCACGCCAUUCCUGUACACAUGCUCAAUAACACUUACCAGGUAAUAAGUUUUGACGGAUCGACGACGGUGGAAGAGUUCUUAUCGACAUUGAGUUCGGAGCUGGGCUGCCGCGAGUCAGCGGCGUCGGGCUUCGCGCUUUUUAGCGACGACCCCAUUGAGAAGGAUCUAGAACACCAUAUCAAACCUGAUAAGAAGUUAUGUGACGUAAUAUCCCGAUGGGAGACGGCGUUGCGCGAGAAGGGCUCUGGAAAGUUCGAGAACUCGCGCGUCAUACGACUCACCUAUAGGAACAGGCUCUACUUCAAAAGCUCAGUCAGGACCGAGACGGAUAAGGAGAGGUUAUUGCUCUGCUACCAAGUCAACCAGCAAGUGGUAGCCGGUAGAUUCCCUGUCACGAGAGAGUUGGCAGCAGAACUAGGAGCCCUGAUGGCCCAGCUGGAUAUGGGAGACUACUCCGCGUCCAACACUCAACACAAUCAGCCGCUAGCACAUCGGUUCUACCCGUAUCGAUAUCGAGCGGGACUUACUAACGACGAACUGAGAGACGUAGAGGAGAAGCUGAGGUCGAAAUGGGUAGCGCUAAAGGGACGAAGCACAGCUGACUGCGUUCGGAUCUACCUCAACUGCACCAGGAAGUGGCCCUUCUUUGGUGCUACAUUAUUCCAGGCUAGGAUAAAACAACCAGAUCUAUCCAUGGCUUGGUUGGCAGUGUCAGAAGAUGGUGUGACUGUGUUGGAACUAGCCUCCAUGUCGGUUAUAGGCAGAUAUGCACUUAACUCGAUAGGCCUUUUUGGUGGAUUACAGGAUGACCUGAUGAUGCUAAUCGACGCUGAAGACUCGACUAGUCCAGUCCAUAAGAUGCUGAUCAGUCUCAAUAAACCAAGAAUGGUAGAGCUAACACAUCUCAUAGCGGACUACAAGAACACGCUAAGGCCGACUGGAACUGGCACCCCCCAAAUGAAUUCGCUGACUAGAAACGGAAGCCACCGAUCUAUGCGCAAACCAUCCACCAUGCCACAUUCGUCACCAUCCACCCUGCCGCACGUCCACCACACUCAUAACACGCUAAAUUCCACAACCACGAUGACGUUAGGCUCAGAUAGGAACGCAACUUUAACGUUAAGCUCGCACACAUCCACUUUCAAUCAACACCUCGAAGCGAGGGUAGUUUCGCACGGCCAGCCGGACAUUUUGAAAUCUACCCCCGACCAUCAUAGAGAUAAGAAACGUUCGCAUACGCAAGAUGGCAUCGCGUGA